AAGCAUGUAUAUGCGUGUUUGCUAUCAUAGAGCAUGCCGAAAGCAACGAGCCCCGUAAGGAACCUGACCGAACUUGGGACACGCGCGAGCAGUUUCGGAUACAGAGCUCAAGAUGCCUGCAAUUUCAUUCAUAUUAUUACUUACAGUUAUCGCCGCUAGCGAGAACGCAUAUGGCGCGGUCGCGACAGGAAAUGCGGACACUGCAGCAAGCUUCUCUCUCGCAAAUAGGACGGGCCUGUCGACUCGCAGAGGGAGACGAAUACAUAUGGAGGACCGUGCUGGUGCGUGGGAUGUCUUCUGCAAGCCGGGCGAACGCGAAGAGGGGGCUGUUGCAGCAGCUCCAGAUUACAGCAUCUGGGCUGUGUUCGACGGACACGGCUCCUCCGCCAUCUCGUCCUACUUGCUGGCAGCGCUGCCUGUGAGGCUGGAGGCGCGCCUGUGCGCACCCAGCCCCGGAUCCGGAUCCAGCCCCGGAUCCGGAUCCAGACUUGGAUCCAGUUCCAGGCCCAGCCCCGGAUCCAGUUCCGAUCUGGGUCGGGGGCCUGCAGGGGAGGCGGAGGCGCAGCACGUGCGGGCUGCGCUGCUGGCGGCCUUUGCUGACGUGGAGGCGGAGCUGGAGGCAGCCCUGGUGCGGCUGCGUUUGCGGCAGCAGCAGCAGCAGCAAGAGGAGGAGGAGGGUGGAGAGGAGGAGGGAGAGGAGCAGCGGCAGGUGCAACUGCUGGAGGCAGCAGACGGCGAGGCGGCGUCGGCAGGCGCGGAGGCGCUGGCUCCUCUGCUGGCGGCUGCAGCCAGGGCGGUGUGGGAGUCGGGGAGCACCGCCGUGGUGGCUGUAGCAGACUGGGGCGGCGGCAGUAGCAGCAGUGGUGACAGUGGCAGUGGCAGUAGCAAUGGCGCCACCGGGGAGGGGGCGCCGGCUGGGCAGCUGUGGGUGGCGAGCGUGGGCAACAGCCCGGCUGUCAUCUGCUCCCCCUCCCCCUCUUUUCCCUCCUCCCCCUCCGCCUCCGCCUCAGCUUUAAAGCCAGAGCCGCCCUCCCAGCAUGCGCAGCAGCAGCGGCAGCAGCAGCAGGCGCGUAGUGGUGGCGGGGGGGAGCGGGGGGAGGCGGAGGUGGCGGGAGGCCGGCUGGCGGCACGGCAGGUGACACGCCUGCACGAGUUCUGCGACGAGGGGGAGCGGCGGCGGGUGGAGGCGGCGGGCGGCAGAGUGGAGGAGCCCGUGCGCCGGGGCGGCAAACGGCGGCUGCUGGGUGACCUGGAGGUGUCGCGAUCCUUCGGCGACCUGCAGUACGCCGCCGCGGGGCUGACCGCCGCGCCCGACGUCGCCGGGCCCUGGAGCCUGAUGCGGUCCCGCGGCGGGAGCGGCAGCGGCGGCGGGAGGGAGAGUGGCGGCGGGAGGGGGCAGUGGGUGGCAGCGGGGUCGGGGGCAGGGGAUGGACAAAGCCAGCGGCGGGGGGCAGAGGUGGUGGCGGCGGCGGAGGCGGCUGGUGACGGUGGUGGCGGUGGUGGUGAGGUGCUGCUGAUCCUGACGUCGGAUGGCGUGCUGGAUACCCCUGUCGCCGCAGGACAUGUGCGACCACGCGGCGGCGCAGCUGGGCGGUGCGGCCGCGCCGCCACUGACGCCGCCUGCGCCGCCCACGGCACCGCCGUGCCUGCCACCGCGGCAUUCGAAUCAUCAGCAUCAUCAGCAUUAGGAGCAGCAUCAAUAUCGGGAGCGUCAGCUUCAGCGCCGGGACCUGCAUCGCCGGUGUCAUCGGGGCUGCUGGUGUCAGCGGUGCCGCCGGGCUGCUGCGACUGCGAUGCGGCGGCAGCGGCGGCGGCGGCGGCGGACUGCGGUGGGGAGGACCCGUGCGGGGCGCAGGCGCUGGCUCGCCCCAGCCACCGCCGGCUGCCGCACCGCACCGCCGCCGCCGCCGCCGCCCGGCUGGUGCAGGAGGCCGUGAACCGCGGGUCCAUGGACAACGCCGCGGCGGUGGUGGUGCGGCUUCCCGCCAACAUUAUCCUGGUGCCCCCAGAGGAGUCCGAUCCUGAAGCACAAGCAGCAGCAGCAGCAGCAGCAGCAGUAGCAGACUCAUCAGCAACCGCAGCAGCAGGAGCAGUAGCGGUGCCAGUGCAAGUGCCUGCCGCGGUCGCGCUCGGCACGGCCCUCGUUCCCGCCGGCGGCGGCGGCAGUGGCAGCGGCGCUGACGGCAGUAGCAGUAGCAGCAGCGGCAGUAGCAGCAGCUCCGCGCUGCUGCCGGUCCUGCUACAGCCGGCGACUGUCACCGGUACGGCCGCGCCGCUGAGUGUACGGGAGGCGGCGCGCGCGGCGGCGGCGGCGGCGGGCGCCGUCAUUCGCCGCUGCCGCGUCGCGCGCCGCUCAGCCGCAGCUGGCGGCGGCAGUCGCGGCGGCGGCAGUGGGGCUGUGUGCGAGCCCACACACGCCACGGUGUCAACGGGGAGCUGUGGCGACGAUGGCGCGGAGCCGCCCACACCCACACCCGCACCCACACCCACAGCAGCACCGGGGGUAGCGCCGGCGGCAGCGCUGGCGCCAGUGCUGGCGGCCGGGUUGGCGGCGCUACAGCUGUGGGGUCAGGUGCAGGCGUGUGUUUCACACGCGCUGGGUACGGCGCUACAGCUCAUGGGCUGCCAGCAACCGCCGGCGGCGGCAGCGGCGUCGGGCGGGGACGCGUCUGCUACAGCCGCCGGUCGAGCCGGCGGCAGCGGUGGCUGCAGUAGCAGCGGCGGCUGUAGCAGCGGCAGUAGCAGUGCCGGUGGCGAGGGCGUCCCGGGCUCGGGCGCACUCGUGCUUGUGUGUCCAGGCGACGGCAGUAGCAGGGGCUGCGGCGCCGCCGCCAGCAGCAGCGGCAGCAGCAGCUGUAGCGCCGGCGCCGGCUCUGACGCGGCUGGUUCGCAGCCAUGCUGUGGCGCGCACCGCCACCACCACCACACGCGCGGUAGUUGUGACGGCGCUGGCGGCGGCGCUGGUGGCGGCGGCGGCGGCCACGGCUACGUGCUUUCGGAGCGCAUUGCGGCGGUGCCCAGCCGCCGCGGUGCGCACCUGCACGCGCCACUGCCGGGAGUGGAGAUGCGGCCGCCCUGGACUCUGAGGGACUUUGAUGACGGGCACCCCACCUUCGUGCUCCCCGGCCUGGCCGGCACGCCCCCCGGCUGGCUGCUGGACCGACUCCACGCCUACUACACUGCUACAGCCGCCGGCAGCACUGCUACAGCCGCCGUCGCUGCUGCUACAGCCGGGGUGCAGCAGCCGCAGCCGCAGGCGCCGCGGCCGCUGCUGCCCUCCGGGGAGCUGGCACCGGUGGGGGUUGCGGGCGGCGGUGCGAGGCAGUUGGUGGUUGGCGUUGGUGGCGGCGCGGCGGUUGUGCCGGCGGUGGCGGCGGUUGGGCUGCUGCCGUUAGGUGGCGAGUGCUUGGCGCCACUGGAGUGUGCUGCAGCCGGCUUGGGCCUGGCCGCCGGGAUGGCCGCAGUGGCGGUUGGCGACGGCAGUAGCACUUGCUGCGUGGUCGAAGACAACGACAGCAGUGGCAGUAGCAGCAGCAGUAGCAGUAACGCCCUCAUUGCGUACGGCAGCACGCACACGCUGCUGCUGGAGAUUGCGUCCGUGCCGCUGCACCUGGCCCUCACAGACGGCAGUAGCAGUAGAAGCAGCAGUAGCAGUGGCGGCGGCAGUAGCAGCAGCAGUGGCGGCGGCAGUAGCAGUCGCAGCAGCAGUGGCAGCACGUCCCAUGUCGCAGACUUGGCCGCUGCGGCACUCGGCCAGGCUUUCGUUGUGGGGGCUGACGCCGUUGCGGGUUCUGGUCGUGCUGGCGGGGGCGGCGGCGGCGGCGGCGGCGGCGGCAAGGGCGGCAGUAGCCGUGCGGAGCCCGAGGGGGCCACCAAAGACACGCCCGUUGGUGCCGCGACACCAAACACGCACGCUGCGUCCGACAUGCCGCAGCGCUGGAAGCCCCCGGCCGCCGCCGCCGCUGGCGCCGCCGCCGCCGCCGCCAGUGCCUCCACCGCACCGGCUGAACCUGUACAGCCGCUGACACACGUCCCUCUUCCCACCGAAGACAUCAGGGAGCCUCCAGGCGCGGCCCCGGGCGCGGCGGCCCUGGAUCCAGCGCUGGGCUUGCCGGAGCUGGGGCUGGGGCUGGACCCCGAGCUUGGCUUGUCGGAGCUAGGGCGGGGGCUGGGGCUAGGGUUGCCAGCGGGGUCGCCCGGAGGAGGGCUGGGCAGCAUGACGCCGCAGCUAGGCCUCAUGGCAGACAUGGGGGCUGGCGGCGGCGGCGCCGGCGGUGCUGAUGUUUUUGGGCACGGCGACGUGUUUGGGCACGCGUACGGCGCCAUGGGCGGCGGCGGCGUGGGAGGUGGCGGCGGCGGCCGCCGCGGGCGCGUGCUGAUGGGCUGGGGGCUUCAUCUGGAGGGCGCUGAGGUGGUGGAUGCGGAGGACAGGGAGGAGGGGCGGGAGCGGCACGCGGAGCCUGGGGAGCAGGAGCAGGCAGAAGGAGGGCGCGGGGUGGGGUUGGGGCUUGAGGUCGGGGCCAGGGUCGGGGUUGGGGUUGCCGGCGGCGGCGGCCCGGAGCUCCCGCUGUUUGGGCGCGGCCCCUGGGACGCAGGAGGUGGCGGACACGAGGCAGGCACAAAGGCAGGCACGGACAUGGAUACGGAUACACACGUCACACUGGCAGCAGGCAGCAGCAGCAACCGCGGCGGCAGUAGCGGCAGCGGUGGCGGAGCACUCGUGGAUGCGGGUGCGGAUGCGGGUGCGGGUGCUGGGCCAGGUCUGGUGGUGGUGGACUCACCGCUCCACGCGCCGCCGCGCGCACACUCGGUCCGUGCCGCCGACGGCUCCCAGCACCUGGUGCCGGAGCCAACAGCGGCAGUAGCAGCAGCAGCGGCGGCGGCCGCAGCGGCAGUAGCAGCUGAAGCCGUCGGGGGCGCGGACGCCGCCUUGGCUCCGGUUCCCACCACCACCACCGCCGCCGCCGCCGCCACGGCGGCUAUCGCUGCUACUGCCGCCGCACCGCCAGGCCCGCAAAGUGGCGGCGGUGGCAGCAGCAGCAGUACUAGCGGCAGUAGCGGGCUGGCGGCACACGUGUACCGGCUGCGUGAGCGGUUCGGCCAGGGCCACUUUGGCGAGGUGUGGCGGGGCUGGCGGCUUCCCGAGCACCAACUGCCGCCGCCGGCGUCACCUGGUGCUACAGCCACCGCCGCCGCAGGUGCUACAGCCGCCUCUGGGGAAACAGACGGCGUAGGACCGGGGCCAGGGGCGGGAGCGGGGGCGGGCGCGGGCGCGCAGGCGCCGCCGGCGGGGCCGCCUGCGUAUGUGCUGAAGCGGCUGCGCGGCGACGGCGGCGAGGGCGUGUUGCUGAGUGGGCUGCGGGAGGCCUAUUUUGGCGACCUGCUGCGGCGGCGGCAGGAGGCGGCGGCGGCGGCCGCCGCCAGGGCGGCUGGGGCUGGGGCUGGGGCUGGUGCGGGGACAGAGCCAGAGGAGGCGGCGGCCACUGCGGGCUAUGACCACUUGGUUGAAUACCUGGAGUCCUUCGAGGUUGUGCCCGAAACCGAUCCGGACGCGGCGCCGCCGCCAGCAGGCGCAGGGGCCCAGGCAGGCGACUCGGCCGCAGGCGCGGACGCCCCGUCUGCACCAGACCUGUGGCUUGUGUUUGGCGACGCCGGCACCUCCCUGCAUGACCUGCUCUACAGCCCAGUGGGCCUGGCGCCGCCGCCGCCCGAGGAGGAGGAAGAGGAGGCGCCACAGGGAGCUGCUGGCUCCACUGCCGGCCCCUCCUCCGGCCCCGCCUCCUCCUCCUCCUCCGGCCCCUCCCCCUCCUCCUCCUCCUCCUCCGCCCCCUCCUUCCAGGUGCUGGGCCCCAGCCGCUGGUGGGCGGACAUGCGGCGCCACGCGGCCGGACACGAGUACUGCCGGGGACUGCUGCGGCAGCUGCUGCUGGGGCUGCAGGUCGUUCACGAGGCGAACAUCACCCACCGCGACGUCAAGCCCGAAAACAUGAUGCUAGCCCGCCUGCCCCACCCUCACCACCAGCACAACCAGCGGCAGCACCACCAGGCAACACAAGCGGCAGCAGCACAUGCUACUGCCGAGGCUGAGGCUGAGGCUGAGGCUGAGGCUGAGGCUGCUACUGCCGCUGCUGCGGAGGACGGGGCUGUAGCGCCGGUGCGGCUGCGGCUGAUUGACUUCGGGUCGGCGCUGGACAGCUACAGCCUGCAACACCUGUACGGGCGGGAGGGGCCCGGCUCGGACCAGCUGACGCUCGAGUACGCGCCGCCCGAGGCCCUGUUUGGCAGGUACUGGGAGGGCAUGCGCGCGCUGAGGCCGCGCGCCUGGACGUACGACAUCUGGAGUGUGGGCGUGACAUGGCUGGAGCUGGUGCUGGCCACGCCGCAGGUGUGGCAGCUGCCCGCCGCCACGCGCGCGCUGCUGGAGGUGCGGCUGGCGCUGCGCGGGCGGCCGGAGCAGGAGCGCCAGCAGCUGUUCCUGCUGCGGGGGCUCAUGGAGUGGUGCAUCUACCCGCCGCAGGCCCCCAGCUCGCCGCCCCCCGCCAGCCCGCCCCUGCGCGGCCGCAAGUCGCGGCUGCUCAUGUCGUGGGCCUGCACCGAGGAGGCGCUGCUGGCGCUGGCACGCAGCCGGGACCCUCUGGGCAUCGGUCUGGAGGGGCCUGUGGCGCUGCGGCUGCUGAUGCGGCUGCUGCACUGGGACCCGGCCAGCAGGCCGUCGGCACGGCAGGCUCUCCAGCACGCCUACUUCACAGUGCCUCCCGCCUUGUGGCCCACACAUGCCUGCGGGGCGGCCGUCAUGGGGGCGGCGGGCUGGUGCUAGCAGGUAGACACUCUGUAUGGCUGGUGCUAGCAGGUAGACACUCUGUAUGGCUGGUGCUAGCAGGUAGGCAGACGACACUCUGGCUGGUACGCUGGUAGGCUGGUCGGCUGACAGGCUGGCAGGCUGGGCCACGGGGUCGCGACGGGCCGCACUUGAGCGCAUGGCUGCACGGGAGCCACGGCCAGAGGCGCCCCCCGGGAGCGGCAGUUAGUUGAGCCGAGUCGUGCUGUGCGAGCUACUGGCUAGAACCCAGGUUUUGGGGAGUUAUGCAAGGAAGAGACGGGCACGGGCGCGCCUGUUCGUUCUUGCUGCUUGAUUGGACCUCCUGGCAGUAGCAUGGGUAUGAGGUGUGAAUGCGAAUGUGACUUGUGUGUGGAGACGACCCGCCAACGUAGGGGAGCACCACGUACGGCAUCAGCACGCACGACGGUGCUGGCAUGGUCGGUUGGUGACACUGGCGGUUGGUGACACACUGACACGGGCGAUGGCAAGUGGCGUACGACGGUACGAAUGGGUAGCUAGGGCCCGCCGGCCCGGCAUGGCGUGGCGUGGCAUGACAGCUGGUGUGUGUACGCAGCCGCAUCUCUAUGCGUACACCACUGCAGCCACAUUGCACUGCAAUAGAUGCCGUG